UGAAAUCUACACAGGAGCCCCUAGAGCUUCGUCCUGAAGCUCGCCGCGAGGCUUUUUGGCUUUCUAAGGCGUCCUGCGCCGCCGGGAGGUGCCGGAGGAGGCGGCGCCGCUUCUGCCACUCGGAGCAUGGCGGCGCCCUCCCUCGGCGCGGCCUUUUCCCGCGCUCGGCUGUGGAGGCCGCGAGGCGGGGGCGCGUCGGUGCGCGUCAUCCCCCUGUGCCGGGGCGCGUGCGGCGCCGGCCGGUGACGCGCGCAUUGGCCACCUCAGCUCGCGGCUCAGGCGACAGCGGCUCUGAGGCGGCGGUGGCCGAGCCUGGGGACCCGGCGGUGGCCGCGCCCGUCAGGCUAGUGCGGGGGGCGCUGGGGUGGCCCGCGCCCCGAGGCGCUGGGAGAGCUGUGCGGGAGCCACUGCCGAGCCGCGGCCCGGGCUCCAGUGCCGGUGCAGACGGGUGCAAGGUGCUCUUGGCCCGGCCGUGUGGGCCGAGGGGAGGUUGAAACUAUAACCUGCAGCAAUGGGUAGAACGUACUUUGUUGAGGAAGCAAUUGGGCAGUAUCUUUCAGACCUCAGCACAAAAUUAAAGCCUUAUGUCACUGGCCUGUUAAUAGGGCAGUGUUCCCCUCAAAGAGACUAUGUAAUUCGGGCUGUUCGAACGCCUCCAAAGGAAGAACAGAAGGAAGAAAGCAUUCCUUCAAAACUGGCAUCCAUUGAUGAAGAAUGGAUAACUACACACGCCAGUCAGGUUUCUAGAAUGCUUCCUGGAGGCUUAGUAGUUCUUGGUGUAUUUAUUAUUGCAACUCCAGAACUGUCAAAAGAUAGUCCAAAUGCUUUGCGCAAGCUGAUCUUCUCAGUGGAAAAGUCCUUGACUAAAAGAAGGCUCUGGAAACCUGCUGAAGAGGAGGUCUCAGACAGAGCAGCUCUUCAAAUUUGUUCUGCUACAAAAAAAGUAGUUUGCCGAACCUAUGAUGUGCAAGAUCCAAGGAGUUCAGCUAAACCAGCAGAUUGGAAAUAUCAGAGUGCUCUGUCUGCUUCCUGGUUAGCUUUGGACUGCACAGUAAAUGUUAACAUUCAUAUUCCACUUCUUGCUACUUCACCGAACCAUGACUUGGAGAAGAAUACCAAGAAUGGAUUAAAUCGAUGGUCAAAACAAAUAGAAGACGGUGUAUUUCUGAUCAAUGGACAAAUCAAAGAUGAUGAUACAGAACUACUGGAAGGGCAUAAAAAGUUAAGAGGAAGUACUCAAUCCAGCACUCAGUUUUCUGAUGUCAAAGUUCUGACACAGCUGUCUCAGGGUUCAAGUCACAGAUCGACGGCUACAGUCCAGGUCUGCAGUGGUUCCAUAAAUCUCAAAGGUGCUGUGAAAUGCAGAGCCUACAUACAUAACAACAAGCCAAAAGUUAAAGAAGCUAUUCAGGCUUUGAAAAGAGACAUAAUAAACACAUUGAGUGAUCGGUGUGAAAUACUAUUUGAAGAUAUGAUUAUAAAUGAAGGACCUCACAAAAAAAAUUUUGAGAGGGAAUAUCAUGUCUUGCCUCAAAGACUGUUUGUCCCUGUUGCUGGAUCCAGUGUGAUGCUCAGUGAUUAUAAGUUUGGUGAUGAGGCUGAUGCUGAAAUUCAGGAACGUUUUGUUGAGAUGUUGGAUCAGUCUGUGCAAGCUGAAGAUAUCUAUAUAGCAGAGGAAAUUAACACAGUUGAUAUUUGUCCAGUUACUGACAAUGUGGAUGACACACAACAGAAGCAAGUGACAAAAGCAACAUUGCUGUUGAAACUUCAACAAAAUAUGGGUGUGGUAAUAGCAGCUGCUGUUGCAGUCUUUGCAUCGAUCUUCUCUUUCAACUACUUCAGUGAUUAAACUCAAGCAAGCAGAGCUUCAUGGAAAUAUUGGCCAGUUACAAGACGGAAACAUCUGGGUUUAAUAUACUAGUAAUUAAGAAUGGUUGCCUAAAUAUCACCAGUUAGAUGUGCAAUAUAAAUUGUAAUGAUAGGUUCAGUUACCUUGUUCCAGCAUGCACUUACUAUAUCAAGUAGAAUCAUGCAGUUACAAUAUCAAAUAGAAGAUGAAUCAAGCUUACAAGAAGCUAACCCUGUCUCUCUGUGUAAAUGAAUGACAGUAUUAUUUUCCGGAAAGAUCCCUUAAACAAAUGUACAAAUGUAGAACCUUCAUUUUCUUCCUACUUGCAGUUUUAACGCAAAAUGCUACUGCUGAUGUUUUUCAGGCUGUUAGUAAGACUAGCAUAGUUACCUGGUAUGACGAUUCUUGCCUUAAGGGUUCCUUUGCUAAGAGAAAUCUCAUCUCAUUAAAGUUUAUUCGGGAAAAAUUAGAUUUAAGGAAGCCAACAUUCCACCAUAUGCAUUGUUUUGGGUAAUACUGGUUAACUAGCAUAACAGAUAUACAAAUACCUUCUAGCAGUUUAAAGACUAAUCCAAUUCAGCCUGUAAAUACCUUAGUUCAAGACCUGGAGAACUCAGAAAUCAAUAAAAUGCAUAGAACUUUUGAGAUGUGUUUAUGCCGCCUUUUACUCAGUGACUCCUGAUGAGGAUUUCUCUGUCCAGCUAUGAUUCAAUCAUCAUUCUCUUGGAAUAUUAACUAUUUCAGCAACAGCUGCAUCUAGGCAGCCCUGGGGGAUUAUCAUGUAGAUACAUGAAAUUUGUCAAAAUUGUUUGCCACUCAGGAUUUUUAGACUAUAAACAGAUAGCUUUCCGUUAUGAGAUAUUUUCCUGGGUAUGCUAGGCAAUAACAUUAUUGUUUAGUUACUGAGAGGAGAAGGAGGGAAGAAUUUAGUACAGUUAAUAAAGAUAGUUCAUAUAUGAAAUAUGAUGUUUACUUGGAUCUGAACUACAACAGAAAAGAAUUCCAGAUUUUAGGGCAUUUUAAUACCACUGCAAAUUUCUUUUUUGUAUAAAUGCACUGGAACACUAAGAAAAAAUAUAAACAGUUCUAAAGCAUAAUUAAGGAUGUACUGGGAUACUUUUAAUAAAAGGUGACUAUGAGAAAGAUGUCUUAAAUACCAUUGCCUCAUCUGUGUAUUCUGUUUUUACAUGCUUGGAAAAAGAUCUGCUUUUAGUAUUGUAAGUAUAUUUUGGAAUGCAAUGUUGAUCUUUUGUGCUCAGUAUUGCUCAAGUAGGUCCUCUCAAAGGAAAGUGAGUGUUGUAAUGGAAGCCCUGUUUUCAGGGUAAGUCCUUCAGCUGCUGCAUGUUUUUUAGGUGCAUCUUAUUCUGUGCAAAUGAGUGAAAUCAAUAGGCAAAAUGGCAUUAUGCAGAAGCAGAUGAUUCUGGAUGACGUUGAGUGCUAUCUAGAAAAUGAGAUUAAUUUUGUCACGUGCUUCAAAAUAUGGUUUGUUUAAAAAUUGCUCUGCUAAAGUCGCUGUUAGAUGAAAAAGCAGGGGAGUAAUGAGGAGAAAUAAGUUUGUCUUUUGUCUCUUUUUGUGUCUCUCUCUUUUGGGGGUGGGGGAAAGA